UCACUUGGUCAAUGGGACCUCCUCCAGCAAAGUAUUGGCAUAUCAGGCAUGCACAUGCAAUUGCUCAACAACGAUCGUGUCGUUAUCUUCGAUCGCACCGACUUCGGCUAUUCUAAUAUCUCCUUGCCUGCUGGCAUAUGCCGCAAUGACCCAAACGACUUCGCCUUCCAACGUGACUGCACUGCUCACUCCGCAGAAUAUAAUGUACGUAACAAUUCUAUACGUCCCCUUAUGCUCCAAACCGACACUUGGUGCUCUUCCGGUGCUGUCUCCCACGAUGGCAGUCUCAUCCAGACCGGUGGAUUCAAUGACGGUGACCGUGUUGUCAGGAUUUUCAAGCCGUGUAGUACUUGUGACUGGCAAGAGUUUCCAAAUGGACUCAAUCAACCACGUUGGUAUGCUACCAAUCAUAUACUACCGGAUGGACGAAUCAUCGUGAUCGGCGGCCAACAGAACAAUUACGAGUUCUAUCCUAAAUCUGCAUCGACGAAUACUGUAUUCAACUUAACGUUUCUAGAACAAUCCAGUAAUCUCUACCCAUUUGUUCACCUCAAUGUGGAUGGAAACUUAUUCAUCUUCGCCAACAACCAAGGAAUCUUGUUCAACUACACCACUAACUCGGUCGUGAAAACUUUCCCAGUAAUUCCAGAUGCUCAGCCUCGGACCUACCCCUACACGGGCUCCUCAGUUCUGCUCCCAUUAAGGAAUUUACAAAAGUCUUCGGUGGAAGCUGAGGUCUUCAUCUGUGGUGGAGCUCCAUGGGGUUCAUACCAGGAGGCCAGUUCAGGGAACUUCAUUGAAACCUUAAAUACAUGUGGGAGGAUCCGAAUUACAGACACGAAUCCGACAUGGACCAUGGAGACAAUGCCGCUUGCUAGAGUGAUGGGAGAUAUGAUCUUACUCCCCAAUGGCCAAGUCUUGAUCAUCAACGGUGCCGCAAGGGGGCUUGCCGGGUGGGAAUUCGGUAGGGAUCCAGUUUUCUAUCCAGUUCUGUAUCAACCCGGUAACCAAAACGGGUCUCGGUUCCAAGUACUAAACCCAACUACCAUUCCACGUUUGUACCAUUCGACUGCAAUCUUACUACGUGAUGGUCGGGUUCUCGUGGGAGGAAGCAAUCCCCAUCAGUACUACAACUUCACCGGCAUUCUUUUUCCAACCGAAUUAAGAUUAGAGGCAUUCUCACCUGCUUAUUUGGAUUCAGAAUUUUCGGCAUUACGGCCUACGAUCAUUGCGCCGGCAUCUUAUACUAAGCUAAGAUAUGGACAACGAUUUGUGUUACGGUUCUCGGUGUCGAGUCCAGUGAUGAAGAAUAGGAUAGGGGUGACAGUGGUGGCUCCAUCUUUCUCAACGCACUCGUUCUCCAUGAAUCAGAGAGUAUUGGUAUUGGGUGGUAGAAAUGUGGUUGCAGUGACGAACUCCUCCUUGUAUGCCAUGGCAGUGACCACUCCAAAUUCGGCUUUCUUGGCACCUCCUGGGUAUUAUCUUUUAUUCCUGCUUCAUCAAGAUAUACCUAGUCAGGGGAUUUGGGUUCAACUCCAGUAA